AUGUCCCGUCAAAUGCUAGAAUCGGAGUUUCCCCUUCACAGACUCGUAUAUCUCGAUGAUGUAGAAGAACUGAAAAAGGUGUUAGAUGAAUCCGAGCCCGACCAAUUGGAGAAAUUGGAUUGUCGCGGGAGAACGCCGUUGAUGCUUGCUGUAACAAUGGGCCACAAACAGUGUGCAUUCGAACUUCUGAAACGAGGAGCAAAUGCAGACGCACAAAACAAAGGAAUGUGGUCAGUAAGUCACGAAGCGAUAUCGUUUGGUGAUCCCGAAUUGGUCAGGAAUGUUAUUAUGUAUCGUGAUUAUCAGAGAAGUGUUCGAGGUGCUCAAAGUAUGAAGAACUGCCUCAAGACAUUAGAGGGUUCUCCGGAUUUCUACUGUGAAAUGGGCUGGGAAUUCGCAAGUUGGGUACCAUUCAUCAGUCGAAUGUGUCCAUCUGAUACAUAUAAGGCAACCAAGCAAACUCUCCAUGACGAUGAGACAUUAGAGGAGUUUAAUCCGUCCGAUGAAGCUGUACAGAUGCGAAUGUCAUCGCCCAUUUCGACAACGUUCAUUGAUGUCGACAAGAUCGGUUUCGAACGAUCAUAUCGUGGCGGUUUACUCGGUUGGAUAAGUAGUACAGAGAAGACAGAGACUAUCGAUGAGUACGAGUGCAAGGUAUUCAAUGCGUCAAACGUGAACCUGGUCACAAAAACCCGCAAGGAGCAUUUGUCAGAAGAAGAUUCUGCACGUGCAAGACAGGAGGAGAAUCCAAAUCUGUUGACGAAUCUCUUGACCACAAUUGUAAGAUCAGAAACUAGUGAAGAGUCAACAACUGAAAAUCUACUGGAUACGGGACUUACGGUGUACGAGUACUUAGAUGAGGACUUCCCACUGGAUGGAGAUAUUGGUCGACCUAAGAAAGUUACGAAAAAGUCGAAUAAUUUCAAAGCGACGUUAUGGCUAGCUGAAGAUUACCCGCUUUCUUUCCAGGAACAAGUAAUGCCUAUAGUGGAUCUGAUGGCCGCAAAUAGUGCUCAUUUUGCUCGAUUGCAUAAUUUUAUACGGAUGCAACUUCCAGCCGGCUUUCCAGUUAGGAUCGAGAUCCCGCUGUUCCACGUCGUCAGUGCAAAGAUCACGUUUGGCCAAAUCAACGAGCCAGGGCCGUUUGUAACGCCUCUGGAGACAAUGUCCGGAUUCAAAGUGACAGCUGUCGCCAUAGAUGACGAUGUUUUCACCAUACCGCCUUCAUAUAGAACAGUUGACGAUCUCAAUGCAAGUUUAUGGUGGCCAGAAGACGAACAAGAUAUGUCGAGUUUGCAGGGUGGUGGAGCUUCCAUAUAUCAUCCGUCUAUGCAACAACAAGAAGAGAUGCUUCUGCAACUUGCUAUUCAAGAAAGCUUCCGUCGUGAUAGCUCCCAAAGUGGCGGCCAUGACGGUUCUCAAGGCGGUUAUGUCCCCAUAGGCCAAUUACUUCCACCGGAUGCCGUGCCGUUGUACGAUGAGGAAGCGGAAGAACAAAGGCAAAUCGCCAUAGCGAUCAAUGAAAGUCUGAGAAUGGCUGGGGAAUCUUUGCCACCCGAAGAAAUUCCACAGGAGGGAAUCAUGGAAUACCGCUUCCUCGCUUGA